AUGACCUCCUUCCUUUCUCCGUCUUCCGACAGACAGCACUUCUUCUUCGCCUUGGCAGUGCUGGGCGGUGCACCCAUGGAUGCUCUGGCGGAAGGAACGGCUGCCGUCAUAGUACGCGCGAGCAACUUGCAAGGGGCCUCGCAGGAGUCUCUCUGCUACGUCGAGGUCACCCAUGAGGGAGCAAGUUCAGACCACCAGCAGACCACGCUCACGAACACACGUCACCAACACCCCGCACUCGAGUUCCGACGCUUCCGACGGCGGGCGGAGGCGAACCUAACACGGCUAACGCGGCGGAUCUUUCGUUUGAAGUGGAUCAGUGGAUCUCUCUCCUGCAAGACUCCUCCUGCAACCCAUCGCCGAGGGCGGAACUCUCUCGGUUCUCGUUUCGUAUCGGAGAGGGAGGAGAGAGAGGGCCAGGCGGGCGGCGGUGGAUGAAUACCUCUCAAUACCUCACUCACGUGAUCACUUGAGCUGCACACAAAUACAUGACGCAGCUAUGAUCNAUGUCCACGGAAGCAUCUGGCACAGAAGCAUCAGGGUGUCGCUUUCGUCUGGAAUACAUUUCUAGACACAUCAAGACCGGAGAUGUGUGGCACGUUGUUGUGUACGUAGCGGGUCGUUCGUACACAGCAAUGCAGCAGCAGC